AUGGUUCAUACGAACGUCGUCCUGAUGGUUCGUUGCUGGAUCUUUUGCAGUACAUUGCUCAUGAUUUACAUGCCAUCGCUUGUGAUUCGUCACAUUUACCGAGUCAAAGCUGUUGGCUCCAUGACUCUUGUGCCCAUUUUCCUGCUGCUCGCCAAUACACACGUGUGGAUGUUGUAUGGUUAUUUAGGGCAAACGUGGUUUCCCAGCUUCCCUGUCUUCCUCAUCGGUGAUAUUGUCUCGUUCGUCUAUUUAUUCAUCUACUGGAGGUACUCGGACAAUCGUCACCACGUGGCUAAAACCAUUGGGUUGAUGUUUGCUUGGCUUGCGGUGCCGACCUUCUACGUGAUUGUCGCGAGUUUGGGCUUCACAGGUCAGACACGCGCCGAGAUUUGGAAAACUCAAGGCUUGUGUUUUUGUGACGUUACCGUUAUCUCAACGCACAUGUUCAUGCUUAAGAACCUUGUUCAUGCGUUCAAGCAUAGAUCCGCUGCAACGCUCGUCCCCCGGUCUCUGGCUGUGACUACUUUCAAUACUUUUGGCUGGUUCACAUUCGGCCGCGUAACUUCAAACUGGAUCAUUGCUGGACCUCAAGUAUUUGUCAUUACUCUUCACGUGGCUGCGUGGACCAUGUACGUUGUCUUUGCUUGCCAAACAAACCCCAAGACAGCUGGUAGUGUGACGGACGAGGGCACUUCUGUCAUGUCUAACGUCGACUUUUCACCCAAGAUCGACUUUCAUGUCUGCUGCACCAAGGAGGGAACUGAUCCUAGUAGUCCAGAAUAUUGUGCCUUACGGUCACCACUGGCAUCAUUGCAGAGAUAA